AGACUCCGAGUGACUAAUGUCAAGCUGUGGUGUGUAUGUCACUCAUCCCGCUCAUUAGCGGUCUCGUUACCCUCGCAGACGUGGACUCGUCCUAAUUUCUGCUGAUCAUUGAUCUCUGAUAGUCUUAUCAGCCUCAUAUAAGCGUGUCCAGCUCUGGCUCGGUCUCACUGAUACACGUUCAGCUGAAGGCUCAAGAUGAUGCCAGUGACCCAGCGUCUGCUCGUUCUGACCGUUCUGCUGUCUCUGCUGCUGACCUUACAGGUCCAGGCGGCACCCAUAGACACUGACUGGGCGACCGGACUGAUCCAUCGGGCCAAGCGCUCGUUACUCUGGAGAUGGAACACUCUGAAACCUGUGGGUUCUGGAUGCAGAGAUCAUUAUGAGUGUGGGACCAACUACUGCAGGAAGCACACGUGCUCCUUCAAUAAAGCUCAACAGGCGUGAUUGAGCAUAAAUGAUGAUGGCACCAAAUCAAGUGAUGGAAAACAAAAUGUCUAAAAUUGUGCAUCUCUUUGAUUUCUCAAACAUCAUGACCUACAUCAAUCUGACAGAACAUCUAAAGACAGCAGAAGACUUUCAGAUCUACAUCUAUCUCAAGAUUGUAUUCAGGUGAAUCUCACCAAGAAAUGUCCAGGUCAUAUUAACCUCCAAAAUCAGAACUGUUUUAAUUUAUUUGAUUUUGGCCCGAAAUAUGACCCGGCAUGUUCUUGACACAUUCACCUCCUCAGAAACUUCUCAGGAACACGUCUACAAGAACUCCAGUUUCAUCAUCGAUGUUUUAUAGUUGUACAGAUCUUGAUAUUGUGUUAAAUAUUAACUUUGCAUCUAUAGUUUCUGAUUCAGAUUCAAUGAGGCCAAGAUGUUUGAUCUGAUAAAAUACAAGCACACAUGGCAAAAGAAUCUGUAGCAAAUCUAAUUCAUUAUCAGCUGCAGCUUCCAGAAGAACCGGGGCAUAUUUAUUUUGUAAAUAUUAGACACAUAAUGUGAGAUGGUGCAACAUGCUUUUUUAUGUUAAAAUGUUUUAUUGUUUGUCUCGUUAUUUUUGUUACAUUGAUAGUGCAAUAUUUUUUUUAAGGAAAACAAAAACAAAAAUGCUCACAUGAUGAAAUAAAUGCAUAAAAAAUGAUUUUUUUUAAACCAAA